GCGAGGCCGGUCCGGUGCGGCCCCUCCCCGCCCAGCCCCGCUAUAGCUGCCCGGCGGGCGGCGGAGGCGGGGACCCGGCGGGGCCGGCGCCCGGCUGCAGGUUGCUUCCCGCUGCCUCCCGCUGCCUCUCGGCCCCGCUCCCGGCCCCGCUCCCGGCGCGGAUGCGCGGCGAUGCGGCGGGCGCCGAGCUCCGCGCUGCGGGCACUGCCGCUGCUGGGCGCCGCCGUGUCGCUGUGCGCAGGUCUCAAGUGUGUGUGCCAGCUGUGCGAGCACACAAACUUCACCUGCCAUACAGAGGGAGCGUGCUGGGCUUCAGUCAUGCUGACCAACGGGAAGGAAGAAGUGGUCAAGUCCUGUGUCUCCCUCCCGGAGCUGAAUGCUCAAGUCUUCUGCCACAGUUCCAAAAACAUCACAAAAACCGAGUGCUGCUACACAGACUUCUGCAACAACAUCACCCUCCGCCUGCCCAUAGCGUCCGAGUCCCCCAGCCGUGCCAGCGCAGGGCCUGUGGUGCUGGCGGUGACGGUGGCCGUGCCCGUCUGCGUCCUGUCCCUGGUGGCGGUGCUGGCUGCCUGCGCCUGCCAGGGCCGGCGCUGUGCCUACGGCAGGAAGAAGCAGCCCAACGUGGAGGAGCCGCUCUCCGAGUGCAACCUGGUCAACUCGGGCAAAACGCUCAAGGACCUCAUUUAUGACAUGACCACGUCUGGCUCCGGCUCCGGCUUACCUCUGCUCGUACAAAGAACAAUUGCAAGGACUAUUGUUCUGCAGGAAAUCGUAGGAAAAGGCCGCUUCGGCGAAGUCUGGCGUGGAAAGUGGUGUGGGGAAGAUGUUGCUGUGAAAAUCUUCUCCUCAAGAGAUGAGCGGUCGUGGUUUCGAGAGGCAGAGAUUUAUCAGACAGUUAUGCUGAGACAUGAAAAUAUCCUGGGCUUUAUUGCUGCUGAUAACAAGGAUAACGGGACCUGGACCCAGCUGUGGCUCGUCUCCGAGUACCACGAGCAAGGGUCCCUGUUCGACUACCUGAACAGGGGCACGGUGACAGUGGAGGGCAUGGUGAGACUGGCGCUGUCCAUCGCCAGUGGGCUGGCACACCUGCACAUGGAGAUCGUGGGCACGCAGGGCAAGCCAGCGAUCGCACACAGAGACCUGAAAUCCAAGAACAUCCUGGUGAAGAGGAACGAGAGCUGUGCCAUUGCAGACCUGGGGCUGGCUGUGAAGCAUGACUCCGUGCUCAACACCAUCGACAUCCCGCAGAACCCGCGGGUGGGGACGAGGAGGUACAUGGCUCCUGAGAUACUUGAUGAUGCGAUGAACACGAACAUCUUCGAGUCCUUCAAGCGUGCUGACAUCUACUCUCUUGGGCUAGUGUACUGGGAGAUAGCACGAAGGUGUUGCAUUGGAGGAAUCACUGAGGAAUACCAGCUGCCUUACUAUGAUGUUGUGCCUUCUGAUCCGUCGAUAGAAGAUAUGAGAAGGGUAGUUUGUGAGCAGAAGCUCAGACCAAAUAUCCCAAACCAGUGGCAAAGCUGUGAGGCACUGCGAGUGAUGGGCCGGAUAAUGCGUGAGUGCUGGUACGCUAACGGAGCCGCCCGGCUGACUGCGCUCCGCAUCAAGAAGACAAUUUCACAGCUCUGCAUGCAGGAAGACUCCAAAGCUUAACAGAACUCUAGGAGGAAGACGGGAAUGCAUUCUUCUGUUCAUCUUUUAACAUGUGAUAUUAUUUUUAUUUUUGGUCUACCUCACAUAACGUGGUUCAGUAUUUAAGUGCCCGGACCAGAGCACUGACACCUAGCUUCACAGUUGGCUGCUGGGAGGGGCAGCUUUUGACCUGUAGUUCUUGUUUUGUACAGCAAGUCCCUGGUUUGUGGGGGUUUUCUAAACUAUUUUAGAUACUAGGUCGAAUGGCAGAAAGGAGCUUUAAACACUACCACAGUGUAAAAAUACCUUUUGCUAUUGCGCUUAUAACCUUAGUUAAAACCCAAAACUUACUGCAAACAGCCAGGAUUGGUUAAAGUGUUUGCAAGAAAAACCACACAUUUUAUCCUCAAAUGAAGUAAAAGACCAAAUUUAAUCAAGCUUUUUACAUAUUUCUACACAGGAAUCUGAAAAAGGGGCUAUAAGUAAAAUGAUUUUUUAAAUACUGUAUUUAUCAAUACCUAAGUGAAUAAGAUGAAAAUUCCACGAAGCGUGUAUAUUAUGAACAAAAGUAUCUAGUUGUUUUUUUUUUUUAAAAUAACUUUUAUUUUUAUUGUCUUGAUUUCGUAUAUAUUGUUAUAGUUAGGAUUUUGAAUUAUUUUGUUCUUUUCAUCUGAGUUGAACAUAUUGAUCAAGGGCCAAUUUUUCUUUUUAACAGUCAGUAGGAAAAACAAUGCAGGCAAUAAUUUUCUGAGAGACACAUAGGGAUGGAAUGGGAGAAAUUUUACCAUACUUGAGAAAAUGUAUAUUUUUAAACAGCAUCUUGCCAAUCCAUCAUUGGUAACGUUUUGUAGUGCCUUUUGAUGUUUUAGGGGGAAGCUUUAACAAAGCUGGUUCUUGGAAAGCAGCAGAAGCCUGGCAGAACGGCUCGCUUCCCGUGGUGGCGAUGUGUGCGAUGAGCCCACCUUGCACCGGGGACCACUGCUGCUGCCAACACGGGGCUCGGGUGUGUGGCCAUGCACUGGGCUGUCCCGUGGCUUCGGGGUUACCGUGGUCCCUGCCACCCGAGUGUUUGACGCCUGACGCUACUGUUCCCGACGUACCUGCGCUCUGGACUGUUUUCUGUCACAGCCUAGGAACCUGAUAAAAUGUAAAUGUGAAGUGCUGAUGCGCUUGCAAAAAGUCAGUGCAGCCUAUUCAGAAGUUUCCUAUGAAUUUCUGUAGUAGCACCAGGUUGGUGGAAAGUGUCAACGUCCCUGAUCUUAUUUCCGUAGUACUGCAAGCUGUGAAAAGCAGGGUGUCUUCAAAAUGCCCCCAUAUUCUGGCAUUGUAUGACUUCUGUCCCAGUCCGUGGCCCACACAUUUGAAUGUAUUAUUCUAGCGUUUUUAGUUGCCACCAUUAUAUGUUUCACAAGUACUUUGUUUCUUUAGGUGUUUAAAUCCAGGCAGUCCAGGAAGUUAAACCCAGAGAUGUCUCCAGAGUAAAGCUUUGCAAAAAGUUGGUGUAGCACCCACUUACUUCUGUGCAAGCAAGCACUUAGCUGAUCAUGGUAUUUAAGAUCAAGCUUUGGUAUGAAACUUCGUGAACAGGGGCUUCUACAUGGAAGAAUGAUUUGAACUUUCAGUGUGUGGGAUGUCAGUAGUAUUAAUAUCGCAUGGUUCAUCCUGGUGCACAAACUCUAGGACAUUAUGGGCUCUUCUGGGUGUUAGUAGCCACGUAAAUAGGCUCUAGUGAAACUUACCUUCUUGUGUAACUUUUAUUCGCUUCUGCUUGUGUUAAACAGUGCAAGUGUUUGCCUCAUGUUAUGGUCUGUUAGCUGAAUGGUGAAGAACAUUUCCACCAGGUUACUAGUGGAUUUUUUAUUUUUUUUUUCUGGUAUGCUUUCUGAGAUGUAAUCAAAGUCUUCUGAUAGAUUUAAUUCUUAAAUGAUUCAACUGCAUGAACUACGUCAGGAGAGUUCAAGAGGUGUGUACAGUGGGAAAAGGCAACUUCUCAUCCACUGAAAUCAGCUUGUGUUGAAAUUGUAGAAUAGGAUGUCUGAAAUCAAUAGCAGUGGAAUAGAGUAACUGCAAGCACUGUGCUGCUUCUUCAAAGUAUUUAAGCUGUGCAGGUGAGAGGAACUGUUCAGAACUGCUUUAGCACUUGGGAAGGUGCCUGGGUGAAAUGGUCAGUCUUUCCAAAACUCUCAACACUGACAGAUCCAGUUAGUUUUUGUGCUGAGGAGAGAGACUCAAAUAUCUGUGAAUAGCCAGAGCAGUGUGUUAAAAUGUGCACUGAACAGUGUGCCCGAACCAUUAACAGUGAGGAGAACAUACCAAAGAGUAAAGCUACUGGUUUCAGAGCCAUCUUACUGUGCUGCCUGAUGUUACACAGUGGAUGUGAAUCAUUACCCUGAGCAACUUUAAAAAUUGCUCCAGUGCAUUUUUGAAUGUCUGCUACUCACAGCAUGGUGUGGCAGCACAAAUUGCAGCGUUGCUUACGAGCAUGGAAGUUGUAAAUCACAAAACACAAUGAAUACUUUAAAAUAACACUAAAUAACUGAAGGAAGCAAUCAUAAAACAAGAAGUUUCAUAAGCAAAAUGCAGCAGAAGCCCUUUUGUGUGAGGCACACCCUGCCCUGCAUUGGCAGCAAUGCGGUCUCGCGUUGGCGGCGUGGUUUGCAGCUGAGCGGGCUCGUGGUGGCAGGGAGGAGCAGUGUGCAGGAACCGCCUCAGCAGUGGUGCUGGUGGCGUCUGCAGCAGCCUUGAGACAUGAGGACUCAUGAGUGGAAAGCUGGUCAGUUGCUGUAUAAAAUGUACACAAUGCAAGAUGACCAAGGGAGACCUUAAGGUUACCUUAUAUAACUUUUACACUACUUUUUUAUUUUUUUUUCCCUAAAAUGGAGUCAGUCUUUGAACUUCAUGGGGAAAGUGAUCAGAAUACUUUGACUUUUCCUUUGUUUCAAAUUCACUAAUAUGCAUUUUAUUAUUAUUAUUAUUCUGUAUUAUCCUUUGAAAUGUCUAUGCCCUUGAAGCAUAUCAGAUCACUGUUGCUGGGGCUUUUUUUCCAUGUAAGUUUGAUUGCACGCUGGUAGAAUUUGGUGUCUAUGCAGAAGCUCAUCUGGGUCAGGACUUGUGCUAGUCUGAAGUCUCACUGUGAAAUUAAAUAUUGGGCUUUUGGGUGUUAGGCCGCUGGGCAGCCCUGCGGUGACCUGCUGUGGGGCACGAGGAGAUGCUCCUGCUUCUCCUCUGUCAUUUGCCCAGGAUCACAGCCUGCUCCUCCUACUUGUUUAUUCCAAUCUGGCUUUGGACACCAGAAUAACCAACAUAUACAACUUUUUCUUAGUUGAAAAUGCCCCUUUCUCUCUCUCUUUUUUUUUUUUUUUUCCAGUCAUAUGUGGUUUGGAUCUUUAUGAUAUGGUUUUUCAGUUUUCCCCAUAGAGUCCCUGCAAAUCACUGUCCUGGAAUUUGAAAAAAACCUGCUUUGGAGCCAGGGGAAGUUCUGCUGGGCUGAAUGGUAGGUUGGCUUGGUCACAGCUCUGGCCUGUCAACACUUCAAAUCUUGUCCUGUGUGUAUCUUGGGGCACAAGAAGCUAUGGUCUGUUUUUCCUCGCUUUUCAUUUUGGUCAAUAUUUUUGCAUUGACUUUGUUUUUGUUUCGUUUUGUUUGAGAGGUAAAUAUAUAUUUUAGUAAACCAGAGUUAAACAUAACAGAGCCAAGUGGCUGAUACUGUUGUAUUGGGCUUUAAAAUGUUUGUGAACCAUGUGCUUCUUUUAAAAACAAAACAAAACCUUUGUUUUAGAUGCCUUUUCUCUCAGUGUAGAUGUGUCAUGUUCAAAUUAAAAAAUAGAGGGUAUACUGAGCUAUUUCUUUGCUCUUUUAGGGAGCCUUUGGUUUCUAAAGACAGAGAUUAGUAUAUUUCCUGCUAAUCUCCAGUUAAAGCACAAACUCUGAAGCUCACAGGAUUUUUCAAGCUUGAUGAUGCUCAAGGCUAAUGACCAUAUUUAGCCCUUCCUAAAUGAUUCUUCUAGUUUGGGGGAAUUACUUGUAAUAACAACCUAAAACUUAAUGCAUGGAACAUGAAUUGAAAGGGAAAGAUAAUUAAUGAACUUUUUCUCUUGAACCUAUUUUUUUGUCUCCUUAAGUCUUCCCCCCACAAAAAUACCCUAUGAGAAAUUCAAACUGUAAUCUCUUUUGCACUUUGCUGUUUUAAUAGUCAUUUGCACUUAACCAAGAUAAUUCCCUCAUGUAAGCCUAUAUUUUAGCUAUUGUUAGGUCACUUUUCUUGGGGGGGGUAUACAUUCAGGAAUUAUAAGUAAAUUUGUGUGGAAGCAUAUCUAGUCCCUACAACAGGUCUUGACGUUGGACAGCACGGUAUCUUCCUGCUGUCUGUACCUGCCAGGAUCUCCUGUGACCGGUGAUGGGCUCUGGCUGCCCUCAGUCCCCAGCACGUCCUUGCCAAUGGGAAGGAAGGUUUUUGUUUGUUUGUUUCACAUGUUGUUGUUGAGGACAGUAUCUUACAAAGUGCCUCACCACGGCAUGGACACGCUUGGCGCCAGCGCUCCUGGCUGUGGCAGGUAUUGCUUGGGUGGGGCGUGCAGUGGUCCUGCCGAUGCGGUAGAGUUCCUUGGGAGGGCCGGUGGGAAGACACCCUGCUGCACGGGUCUCAGUCAACAGGCACAAACGCGUGCGUGUGUUUCUGUGUAGUGGUGGGUGUUUGUGAAUACCGAGACUCAAAGCUCCCGCUCUGGUUUAGCACCAGUUCCGCAGAGCUCUCCUUGGCCAGCCAGCAGGGCGCCGUGCCCCCUCCCGCAGCAGCCCCUGGGGACGGGAUUUGUGAGCGGCGUGUCUGUCGUUUGAAGCCAUGCGGCCGGUCCCUCGUGUCGUGUCGUGGGCCUCCAGUAGGUGUAAACCCUUAGGGAAAGACAUCCGUGUUCUGUGCGAACAGGCAGCACAACUUAUGAAUGUACGGGGAGGGGGGUGGGGGGCGGAGGAGGGUGAAAGCAUUAAGAGGUACAAUAUAUUUCUACAGAAUAUAAGAAAUGUGCAAUAAAUUGUAACCAAAGGCUAUGAAUGUAUUUUUGGCAUACAUAGACUGAAUGUAUAUUGAAUGUAGCUAUCACAUUUGUGUCUAAAUCUGCUGUGGUUUUCAGUCCCCAAAGAGAAAUGUGUAGUGUUCUGUCAAUCUAAAAAAAACAGUUUGUCGUCUUUUUUUUUUUCUCUCUUUCUUUUUAAGAAGCAUUAAUAUUUUAUCUGGAAGUACUGUAAUAUUUUAGAACUUAGUAUAGCAGUAAAGGGAUGAAAUUCAGUCUACAUAUUGUGAAAUACCUAAUCUAGUGUACAUUGCAGCAAGUUAUUUUUAAAACUAUUGCUCAAGUUACUGCUUGAAAUCUCAGCUGCCCCUGGAUGUAAAUAAUUUGUUGAAAUGUUGUAUUUUGUAUGCAUAUUUUACAUACCAAUAUACUUUCAGAAAGAUGUGGAGAUUUUAAUAAACUAAGCACACUCUGUCGCUGUGUUCCCAUGAAGUGUAAA